UUUCACACUUUGCACUGACUUACAAAUGAAGCUACUUUGGUUAAUGAUAAUAGGUGUUGUUGCCGCGCAACAUUGUGAUAAGCUCUGCCCCAUCAAAGAUAACUUCGGAUGUGUCAGCAAGGACAAACAAUGCUUUUAUACCGUGCGCAAUCCAUGUAUUUUGAAGGCCAUUAACUGCCAACGGAAGUCGAUGAGCUUAUCGGUCCUGACGCCCAUUUCUCGCAGCAAGUGCUCCGAAAAGCAAGUUCCAGUUUGCAAAGAUGUCAAUACAUGAUGUUUAAUGUAUAUAUGAUUAAUGACGAUGAUUAAUGUAUAUACAUAAACUUCCAAAAUUA